AGUAUUGAACAUUUUCUAGAAAAAUGUAUGAUAAAGUUUAUGAAAAAUAAUAUUGUAUAAAUUCAGAGAGAAAUGUUGUCUGUCGGCAUCACACCAUCAUAUACAUAUAACAUGUUGCAAAGAUUGUACAGAAACAGUUUUUAUUCUGAAGAACAACAUAAAUCUGGAGAAACUACCUCCAGAGCUUGAAUAUAUACAGUAUAUAAUUCUAAUACUCCAUUAAUACUGUGAACACAACUUCGUUUGACUAAGUAACAACAAAUGAAGUAUUCACUUGAAUACACAGCUGGCACUUUUUAUCCUCCAUACACACUACAGCUCAUAGACUGCACGUAGCCUAAAAUGCCCUGCUUUACAUAGAUUUACAUAUAAGCUAUGGUCAUUUCCUCUGUUUUUUUUAUUUUAUUUUUUAUAUACGUAUUAUAUUCUGCCAGCACUGUCCACGUAGGGAGAAAUAUGGGUCUUUUUGUUAAAAACAUAGGCAGGCUUUCAAAAACACAGGUCACAGAACAAAGAAAAAAAUGACACCGCUGUAACCCAAUUAAAAUCAGCCAUGAGGCAUUAAUACACACACACACACACACACACACACAGGGGAGACAGAGAGAGAGAGCGUGAGGACAGGUGGAACAGGUCUUUCUGGCCCAGGGACACACCUGACUCCUCGAGAUAAAGCAGAACUCAGAAGUGAAGACAACACAGAACCAUCGAAAGCAAAGAUGUCCUUCUCAAACUACCUUACUAAGAAAGUCGUGGGUAUGGUGGCGGACGCAGUGGAGGAUGCGUUAACAAAGGACGAAGACGAUGAAGACAAAAAAGAUGGAGGAGGAUUUCUGUCUGAUAUCUUUAAAGGAGACAAAAAGAAAAAAGAGGAGGAGGAAGAUGACAAACUUUUCUCGUUUGGAGGCAGAAAAAAUAAGAAAGAUGAUGAUGAUGAUGAUGAUAAGGGAGGGUUCUUCUCUAAGUUAUUUCACAAAGACGAUGAUGACGACAAAGACAAAGGCAAAGAGAAAAAAUCUGGAUUUGCAGGUCUUUUCUCUGAGCAAGCUGCAGGGGACGCUGUUGCUGCUGAGGAUGAUGAGGGACAUGAAAGAGAAACAGGAGAUCAAGAUCCUGGAUUUAGCGAUGGAGGUAAAUCUUUUCUUCUUCUUCUUUUGAUGUACAGCAUUUUUGCUAGUGGGGGCUGUUAAUAUCAUGUGCAUCUGAAGUUAAACAUCAAUUGUUGUUCUUUUUAUUGACAGAUUUGCUCAGUGAUCUAAUGGAAGUUGCUGAUGAAACAUCAAGAGGCAACUAAAGAAGAAACCCUGACUUUUAGAAAGAAAAUAGUAAAUGAUCUUCAGUCCAGCAUCACUGAAGAACUAGCUUAAGCUAUCAGUAAGAAAUUAUUAAUAAUAAUAUAUAAAAACACGUUUUUUAAACUAAUUUCUUUUUCAGAGGAAAUAUACCUAACCACAGUUAGCUGCUCUUUUGUUGCUUUUGUUCAACACUAAUCAGAAAAAUGGUUAGUUUGUUUUGUUUAUUACUGCAAAUGCUAGGUGAGCUUACUAUUACUGUAUGUUUAAUUUGUUUAGUUUAAUUAGUUUUAAUUGACUAUAUAUACAGUGUCCAGGAUUGUUUAAUUUUAUUCAAUUAUUGCCACUGUUUUCAAAGUAAAAUGUUUAAAUCUAUAAACACAGAAGGAAGAAAUAUUGAUUUAUGUUUUGCAAAGUGAAAUAAAUCCUUCAAAUGAGUGCA